ACGCUACAUACUGAUCUCAAAUUUUAAAGUUUUGCUGACGAAAACUAGCAAUAGACCUGCCGGAUGAGUCAGAGAUCAGUGAACAGCGUAGUGCCUGCUGUGCGGUGAUUCCAGUGAACGAAUAGUAGGCGUGCAGAUGCGUGUGAGGCGGAACUUGCAUAGCCUAGGAGGUGACCAUCGCAACCGCUCGGUUAAUGGCCAUCAGCUGUCGUAGACGGGGGUUAGGCUACCUUCAGCUUUUACUGGGGAACUCGCCUAUUAUUGAUAUACAGCAUGGAGACAGUCUUCAAUUCUGGACUAGUCGCAAUCGGAGGUUUCACGGUUUUGUUUUAUUUUUUAAAGUUCUCCUGGAAAUUCUGGUGUGGGGUGAGAGUGUACGUUUUGUCAGAAUAUUGGAAAACUGACCUCCGAAAAUACGGACAAUGGGCGGUUGUUACUGGAGCAACCUCUGGGAUCGGCAGAGCUUACGCUAAUGAGUUGGCUAAAAGAGGACUGGACAUUUUACUGAUCAGCCGUUCGGAAGAAAAGCUCCACACUGUUGCCAGGGAGAUUGAGAGGCUUCAUGGGAGAAAGACACGUGUCAUUCAGGCAGAUUUCACAGAGGGCCAUGCUAUCUAUCCUGCCAUCGCAGAGGGGCUGCACAACCUGGAUAUUGGCAUAUUAGUAAAUAAUGUAGGCAUGAACUACGUUGGAGCAUUAUGUUUUUUUCUGGAUGUUUCCCGUGCUGAACAGAGAAUCACUGAGGUGAUCAACUGUAACAUCCUGUCUGUGACACAGAUGACAAGACUGGUUCUCCCACACAUGGUUGAAAAGGGUAAGGGCUUGAUUAUAAAUGUGUCUUCUGAGGCUGCCUCCCACCCACAGCCCAUGCUGACUCUAUACUCUGCAACCAAGAUUUUUGUUACCUAUUUCUCCAGAUGUCUGAACACAGAAUAUAGUUCCCAGGGGGUCACAGUACAGUGUGUGGCUCCCUUUAUCGUCUCCACGAACAUGACGGCAAACAUGACAGUCAAUGCCUUUGUGAAGAGUGCCCCAGAUUAUGCCCGUGAGGCCUUGAACACAGUGGGCCAUUCCAGCCACACCAGUGGCUGCCUCUCUCAUGCCCUGCAGCACGUGGCUCUCACCAUCUUCUUUCCUGGUUGGUUGCGACUCUCUCCUUUCUGUGUGAGGCAGAUGGAGAAAAUUUGUAACAGAACACAAGAGAACACUAUGACAACAUCCAAGAAGGAGAACUGACAAUUAAAAAGAAACAACCAUAAAUUACAUAAUAAAUGGAUUAUAAUGGUAUAAAUCAGUGUCUCCAAGCAGAGUUAUUGCAAUAGUCUCUUAACUGCCUUGUGAUUAGGUUGCGUUCAGUAAAGGUGUAAUUGUAGAAACCGCUUCAGAAAAGCCCAUCUCUAAACAUUUAGAAUGUCUGAGCCCUUGAGACCAUGGCUGAGAGAUGGGUAUAUUCUACAGAAAUAAGCUUUUUCCAGUUGUGUUCUUCUGCAAUUUGCACAUUGAAAGAGGGCUGAUACUUUGGGUGUCCUUUUAUAUUCACUCGAGUGUUACUACUGCAUUCAUGCUGGAGUGAGUACAAGAUGACAAUAAUGUGUUUUUAAGUAACAUUGUUAACCCCCCCCCCCCCCAAAAAAAAAAAA